GUCGAGCCGAUCGGACGUAGCUGUAGUUUAUUCGCCAUGUCUUUGGCGCAUUUGGUUGGAUCAAUCAGUUUGUGGACCGCUGUACCGUCGGUAGUACUCACGUCACUGGUUUUGAGUAUCUUUGAAAGAAGCAAUCCGGAAGGACGUGUCAGUGACACUAACGAAAUCAAAAUCGAAUAUGAUUUCAUCGUCAUUGGAGCGGGAUCGUCUGGAGCUGUUGUGGCUAACCGGCUCACUGAGGUAGCUGACUGGAAAGUGCUACUAUUAGAAGCUGGAGGAGAUGAAACAAUCGUAUCGGAUAUUCCAGCAACGGCCUUCUAUCUCCAGCGUACCAACAUCGACUGGCAAUACAGAACAGUGACCCAAACUGGCUCGUGCCUUGCUUUCAACGACAACAAGUGCAACUGGCCGCGAGGUAAAAUCCUCGGUGGCUCGUCCGUCCUCAAUUACAUGUUGUACGUCAGAGGGAAUAAAAAGGAUUACGACGAUUGGGAAGACAUGGGGAACACUGGAUGGUCUUUCGCUGAUGUCCUGCCUUAUUUUAUCAAAUCGGAAGACAAUCGAAAUCCGUACUUGGCAGCCAACACGGAAUAUCACGGGACGGGAGGGUACCUGACUGUUCAAGAACCGCCGUUUAGCACACCACUUAUUGGGGCCUUCAUACAAGGUGGCCUAGAGCUGGGCUAUGAGCAUGUCGAUUGCAACGCAGCUCAGCAAACAGGAUUUAUGAAGGCUCAAGGAACUAUCCGCAGAGGAUCACGAUGUUCAACGGCCAAAGCCUUCCUGCGGCCUAUACGUGACCGUCCCAAUUUGCACAUCUCGAUGAAUUCACUCGUCCACAAGAUCGUUAUUGAUCCGGAAACUAAACAAGCCACAGCUGUCCGUUUUGAGAAAGACGGACAAAUCUAUGUAGUUGAAGCUAAAAAAGAAAUCAUCCUGUCAGCGGGAGCAGUCAACACUCCUCAAUUAUUGAUGUUGAGCGGAGUAGGUCCUGCCGAUCACUUACAAUCGUUUAAUAUUCCAGUGAUUGCGGAUCUUCCAGUAGGUGACAAUCUUCAGGACCACAUUUCGUUGGGUGGCAUGGUGUUUACCUUCGAUCACCCUUACAGCGUAAUGGACGCGCGAUAUUUUAACAUCCCGUCGAUUUUGAAUUGGACUAUCAAUGGAGUUGGCCCGUUGACCACAUUGGGUGGGGUCGAAGGUUUGGCUUGGGUCAACACAAAAUACGCGACGGGAAAAGAUUGGCCCGACAUUCAAUUUAUGUUUGUGGCUGGAACGCCGACUUCCGAUUUCGGUUCCAUAGUGAAAGCCAAUAACGGCGUCAGAGACGAAGUCUGGGACGCGUACUACAAACCCAUAGAAGGAAGAGACACAUGGCAAAUCAUUCCGAAAUUACUUCGUCCGGAAUCAACAGGAACCAUCCGGCUGGCAUCAGCUGAUCCUCACACCGCCCCGUUAAUCGAUCCGAAAUAUUUCGAAAGGGAACAGGACCUCAAAGUGCUCAUCGAGGGAACGAAGAUCGCCUUGGCUCUGGGUAAAACGCAAGCGUUUCAACAAAUCGGGACUAAAUUUUACGACGCCAUUUUCCCCGGAUGCGAGGCGUUCACUCCGUUCACGGAUGACUACUGGGGCUGCUUCAUCCGUCAUUAUUCGUCCACCAUUUAUCACGCGUCUGGUACCUGUAAAAUGGGCCCGGCGUCCGAUAAGACGGCCGUUGUCGAUCCCACGUUGAAAGUUUAUGGAAUUAAAGGACUUCGUGUUAUCGAUUGCUCCAUCAUGCCUAAAAUCGUAUCAGGCAACACUAAUGCUCCAGCGAUUAUGAUUGGGGAGAAAGGUUCAGAUUUAAUUAAAGCAGACUGGCCGCUGAGCAAACGAGAGAACGCAACAGAUUCUCAGUUUGAACAGGCGGUGCCUCUUCACGUCGAUGAGUUAAACAUUGGCGAGAACUUCGUUAGCAGUUGA